AUGACCACUAAAGAGAAUGGUCCCGCGAGAGCACACGCGAGAGUUUGUCGCUGGUAUGGCGUCGAAUGCGAGGGCUCUAUGGUGACACAUCUGAACCUGACGAACAAUCACAUCUGGGGUGACUUUCCCAUCGAAUUCCAAGCGCUGAGUGAGCUGCGAGUGUUGGAUCUUUCAAAGAACCUCCAAUUGAAGGGUUCUCUCUCGGCUGAUCUUUUCACAGCUUGGAGCCAAAUGGAAUAUCUUCUGCUUCAGGAGAAUCGAUUUGGAGGUCGGUUGCCAGAACAGAUUGGCGAACUCACUCGACUUACCCAGCUCUCGCUUUGGGGUAACGAGUUGAGUGGUCCAAUAGCGCCAACUUUGAACAAGUUGACCAAUAUGAGGGCCUUGAUGCUGCAGGAUAACAGCUUCAUUUCAACAAUUCCCGAUUUGUCCUCAUUGCAGGAGCUAGGUGAGCAAUCUCUUUGGAAACUGGUUCUAGCCUGGACUUUCAAAGUCACGGUGUACAGUACUUUCCUUCCUUACACCGAGUCAUUCUUUUCCGUUGUCAUGACAGCCUAUCUACAUCUAGACGUCAACAAACUGACAUCUACGAUUCCAAGUUGGAUUGGAAAGCUCACGCAGCUUCGCGAUCUGAGAGUACACCAGAAUAGCCUUACUGGAACCAUCCCAAAAGAAUUGGCCAACGCCCAGAAUUUAGGGGUCUUCUUCGCAGGGGACAAUCGAUUGGCAGGGCCGAUUCCAGAAAUCUUCCAAGAUCUUCCCAAACUAAGCGACUUGCAGCUCCAUCGAAACAUAUUCCGAAGCAGUCUUCCUACUUCCAUUCAGUACCUCACAAACCUCAGACGCUUCACGAUUGACCAUUGUGGCAUGACAGGAACACUGCCACCAGCAUGGCAAGCUCUUAGCAAGCUCCAAGUACUCGCAAUCAAUCACAACAAUUUGGUGGGGCCCCUUCCCACGACCUACGGCAACAUGAGGAGUCUACGCGAUCUUUGGGUGAAUCACAACUUCCUGCAAGCAGCUAUUCCCAGCGAGCUCGGGAAGCUAACGGAUUCCCUUGUACGACUAUAUCUCGAGAGCAAUGCUUUCCAUUCGACCGUGCCGGCAGAGUUGGGAAAUCUAGACAAACUCGAACAGUUUCGCGUCUUUGAGACUCUAGUAACGGGGACCAAA